ACUUCAUGCUCUCGAGACGACCGACUCGCUCGGAGUCGGUAGUGCUCCGCGAAUGCGCUUCCUCGCGUCGUGUCGGUUCCUGUUCUCCUCACUCGAUCAACAGAAACAUCACUGAACAGACCGGGAAAUCUGUGAGACAGCUUGCAAAACGACUGGGAAAGUUUAUUCCUUCGGCAAAGAGAAAUUAACAAGCGACUGAUAGUGCGCGAUAACAUGAAGAUCAAUUCGACGGAAGCAUACAAUACAUCCACAGUGGAGGUGUCCCGCCGUGACGAAGAAUCGAAUGAGUUAGUGCCACUGGUAUCCGGCGUGAUUAGCGUGAUCAUCAUUAUAGUGAUCUUGUUUUGGAUAGCUAUCCAAAUAGACCGCUUAUACCAGCAGCAAGAGUACCUCGUUCCCCGUGCCACGAGGAGGAAGCAAAGGAAACUGAAGUGGGGAAUGUCACUACCAGGACAGGCAAGAGGAAAGAGCAGAAAAGACGACUCGAAAGCCUUGGCCUCGGAUAUGUGUCCAAAUGGUGCCAGUGAUACCGGAUUUAAAACGAUAUGUGAUACUGUUUGAUGUUCCGAGAGAUUUCAACUCGCAUUUCACAAGUACUUCACGAAAGGCUUGAAAAAAAUGAAUUUUAUCGUGACAGUGUUCGCGUACAGCUGAUAAUUAAUGAAGUAUAUAUUAGUAUAUAAAAGUAUUACAAGAAAAAGCAGUGAGACAUUUUCAAAAGUGGCAUUGAUUUUGCCAUUAAAGGUGACUGUAAUCAUUCACAGCUGAUCGUUCACUAAAUACCAGUGAUUAUAAUCGCUCCGUCAAAAUUUCACGUAACUGACAACGUUGUGAUGAUGCGUAGCAACGACCUUUGAUAUAAGCUAGGCGCAGUGUUGCACUUAGAUAGUUUUAAAAUCUAUGAGAUCGAAAACCAUCUCCAUGAGAUGAUUUAAAAAUUAUUUAAACGCAACACUGGCUGGCGUCAUGUAUGCAUUAACAAUGCAACUAGGAUCACCUGUACGAUUUCCAACCUUACAAAUUACAUAUAAAGAUUGAAAGCCGUAGGAAACUGCAAUAAAUUUGUAUUUAUCUUGUUCAGUAAAAUUAUAUCUAUAUUGGCCUACGCUAGAAGAGAGUUGUUCCACAGCACUGGAUAAAUAUUGUUCUUUAAUAAUAAUAAGAAAAAUGUGUGUUAAGGCAUAUAUGAUGCGAGUGUAAUAAAAAUUCUAUCAUACGUACGCAUAGAGGCUACUGACGUUACGUGCGUCUGUGUUACAGCGUGUGUGUCUUUCGACUGGACACUGGCGUAGCGAAAGGAUUAAAUCGAAAAUGCGGUUGCUUGAACUGCUUCUCAGUCGCAUUUUGCAAAGAGCCACGCCUGAUAUUUAUUAAAAAUAUUGUGUGACUGAGUGGUAUGCACUUGUAUAUAAAUAUUUUGUAUAUAAAUAUAUUAUAAAUAUACAUAUAAAUGUAG